GACGAAAUAAAUUCUAUUUAAAAAGCUAAUUUACCAUAAAGGCACUAACUUUGUGCUUUAGUUGUUCCACUAGUCCCCAAAUCAUGACAAACCUGGAUUCUUUGAUCCAGACUUUAAUACCAGGCCCUUUUAAUGGAAAUAACUCAUAUCCCAACAUUGACUUUAAAAUAGGCUUUUUAUUAUUUCAGCCUAGCUGUAUGGGUGUGGGAUUAAUGAGGUUCUCCACUUAAAACUUGAAGCACAUUAAAAAUACGGGACUUUGCUUCUAGGUGUUGACACUAGUCUUUGCUGUGUUGUUUUUUUUACUUCUUUUAUUUUAAUGUAUUUUUUUCUCCUUUAUCUCUACUUGGUUACAGGACCGGACAUCAAAUACCACAAGUAAAGCAGACGAUUCUGUGUUUGUGUAAAACAUGCCUCGAAACAAUUACAUUAUACAGAUUAUACACUUUAUUAAGUGAUGUAGACGGGUGGAUGGAAGCUUUAUAUUGGAGGGGGGGUAGGGCGAGCCGUGCAGAUAACAGAAGUGGCUCAUUGGCUGACUGCUGCCCAUAUUUUAUCAGAAAGUAGAAGCGAUAGAGGCCGAAACAACAGCGACAUCACACCCCGGGAGCUGCCGAGAGGACGGUAGCAUGAUAGUCGUGGAGGGCAGUCGGCAGGAAGAGGGCCCGCGUCUGCGUUUUGCUGCGCCUAACCAAAUCCACUGAGCGCCUGGAAACCAGCGGCCGACAUGGGGAAGGAGGUAAACGGUGUGUCGCGGAGCCGCUUUGAGAUGUUCACGAACAGCGAUGAGGCUGUCAUCAAUAAGAAGCUGCCGAAGGAGCUGUUGCUACGAAUCUUCUCCUUUCUGGAUGUGGUGACACUCUGUCGCUGUGCCCAGGUCUCACGGUCCUGGAACGUCCUGGCCCUGGAUGGUAGCAACUGGCAGCGGAUCGACCUGUUUGACUUUCAGAGGGACAUCGAAGGCCGCGUGGUGGAGAACAUCUCAAAACGAUGCGGGGGGUUCCUUAGGAAGCUGAGCCUGCGGGGGUGUCUGGGUGUGGGGGACAGUGCCCUGAGGACCUUUGCUCAAAACUGCAGGAACAUUGAGCUCCUUAGUUUGAAUGGCUGCACCAAGAUCACUGACAGCACAUGUAAUAGUUUAAGUAAGUUCUGUCCAAAGCUGAAGCACCUGGAUCUCGCCUCCUGUACCUCAAUCACCAACCUGUCACUCAAAGCACUGAGUGAGGGUUGUCCUUUGCUGGAGCAGUUAAACAUCUCCUGGUGUGAUCAGGUGACCAAGGACGGCAUCCAGGCCCUGGUGCGCUCCUGUCCUGGACUCAAAGGCCUCUUCCUUAAAGGCUGCACACAGCUGGAGGAUGAAGCUCUGAAGCAUAUCGGAGCUCACUGUCCAGAGCUGGUCACGCUCAACCUGCAGACGUGCUCCCAGAUCACGGACGAGGGCCUCAUCACGAUCUGCCGCGGCUGUCACCGUCUGCAGUCGCUGUGCGUGUCGGGCUGUGCCAACAUCACAGAUGCCAUUUUACACGCGCUGGGACAGAACUGCCCCCGUCUCAGAAUAUUAGAAGUGGCCCGCUGCUCCCAGCUAACAGAUGUGGGCUUCACUACACUAGCGAGGAAUUGCCAUGAGCUUGAGAAAAUGGAUCUAGAAGAAUGUGUUCAGAUCACAGACGGAACGCUCAUCCAGCUCUCCAUCCACUGCCCUCGUCUGCAAGUCCUGAGUCUGUCGCACUGCGAGCUCAUCACGGACGACGGCAUCCGGCACCUCGGCAGCGGACCCUGCGCCCACGACCGCCUGGAGGUGAUCGAGCUGGACAACUGCCCCCUGAUCACGGACGCCUCGCUGGAGCACUUGAAGAGCUGCCACAGCCUGGACCGCAUCGAGCUGUACGACUGCCAGCAGAUCACCCGCGCCGGCAUAAAGAGACUAAGGACUCAUCUGCCCAACAUCAAAGUGCACGCGUACUUCGCUCCCGUCACUCCACCCGCCUCCGUUGGGGGCAGCCGCCAGAGGUUCUGCCGCUGCUGUGUCCUGCUAUGAUGCAACGACCCUCCACAACCCGGCCCCCCCCCCCGCCCAGUGUCCCUCGCAGCCGGACCCCUGACCUGCUGCCCUCCCCAUGGCCCCCUGUUAGACUACAUGCUGGUGUGUCCUAAAUGUUGGAGCUGCAGAGGAGGAGAUUGCUACAGGGUCUUGGGUAACUUCCCCCAAAAACAUUCCUGCGUCUCCCUGCUGCUCACAGGCACACACAUCAUGCCUUUACACACACGCACACACACACACACACACAAAUUAAUAUUUAAAGAAUGUCAGAACAUUCCUGGGCUGUGUUCAAUGGACAAAGCAGUAUUACAGAGCUAUGUGAAGAUCCUCACUGUUGUCGGCACUGUUUAGGGAGUUAACUCUUGAAGUACAGUACAAUGAAGUACAAAAGAAUCUGAUCCAAAAGUAUUUCCUGUGUUUGCAAGCAGCCACACACUUAUUUAGCACUUUGAGACAAACGACAGUGAUGUUCUUUAAAAAAAACAAACAAAAGAAAAAGAAAGAAUUAAACAGGCUGGAGUUGAAUGUUCCUCAACACACAUCACAUUUUAAGUGCAGACAGGAACUGCACUGGACCUUUAAUCAGCAAUUGAUUUGAAAGACUAAAAAAAAAAAGCAGAGCCAGCGAUUCAGCCAGUUACCUGCACGCACCCUCCGUUCUGUACGUAGCGCAGCCGGAAGCCUGUUUCAUGUUUUUAUUAACAAACGCAACUAUUUGCACAUACAACAACGCAACGUCGAGACACUUUAAAAAGAAAAGCAUUUCAGAUUUACAGACUGGUGAAUACAAAUCACUCACAUCAUUUGGAGUCUCCAAUACACACGGACACGUCCCCCCCCCCCCCCCCCCCCCCCCCCCCCCCCCCCCCCGCCCUGUGUUACAAUCAGAAGCAUCAAUAUACUGACAAAAGACAAAGUUUAUUAUUUUUCUAAAAAUGAACAACCGAGACUCAGACAUGGGGACUUGAUGCCAAAUGUUGCAUGUAACACUCUAGUUUUUUUAAAUCUAUCUGUACAUAUACGACGACUGUGGGAAUCCCAUAGUCGAAACCAGCUAAACGAAAGAAAAGUAUCGGAGACGGGCGGACGCGUCCAGCGCCGAUGACUUCCUAUGAACUAUGGCGACGCUCGUACGUGGUCGUCUGAGCGCAGACACGUAUGAGGACACGUGCUCGGCCCGGGCUUGGACAGAACCGGCGCCAGCCCGUGAACGCUCAUGUCAACAACACACAACCUGCAAAGUCUGCAAGUCCUCUGGUGGAACAAUAACAACAAAACAAAUCACUACACAAAUCCAUGCUGUUGGACAAGGACACUGGAAAAAGAAAAAAAGCCAACUGAAAACAAUCAGUGCGUCUAUUUUCAGUUCAUGUUUUCAUUCUGAGAUGGUUCUGGAGGACGAGCGACCCAGCGGAGGGACGACGUGGCACCGCGGCGGCUCGGUCGGAUGGAGCCGCUCAGCGGGAGGUCCAGCUCGCAGAUGCCACAGGUUCUGAUGGAAUGUUUUGGGCUUUUUAUGCUUUUGUCCCCCACAGAGGAAUUGAAUGGACCCUCACGCCCCUCAUGAAGUAUUAGAGCCUUUUUCCUUCCGGGUUCUCUGCACCGAGACUCGCACCUGCUUCGUCUUUCUUUUGUUCCUGUCCCGUUUUUCUAAACGUAUCAUUUGCUGCUUUUCCUCCUGAUUUUGCUCUGACUUUUCCACCUCUCUCGUUCUUUGCUUUCUGUUUGGUGUGGUUUGGAUUGUGCCUGUUUAAAUGUUUGAAGUAAUGAGUUCAGUGUCCUAAAGUACGAGCCCUCUUCCAGUCCUCAGUUUAAAUUUGGUGGAGUUUGUGUUUAUAUUAAGAGUUUAUUGUUACUAAAUGUCCAGAGUGUAGCUUUUGUCCACGGAAGCAUUGGCACCAGUGCAAUUGUAAAGAGAUUAAUAGAAGGGAUGUGAGGAGUUAAUGAUGAUGUCACAUGCGAACGAUGACGGUUCCGCUUAUUGAAUGUUUUCAUCCUUGGGCUGACUGUGCCACUUCACAACAAACACUCUUCCCUUCCUUUAAGUUUGGUUUCCUCACCUCGUUUCCUUUCCUAGUUCAUCCUGCCCAAAAUGUCAAACGAACCCAAACACAAAUACUCAGACAUUUACCCACUCCUGUCCUGGCAUCGAUGACAGGGAGAGUGCUGGUGAAGAUUCUGUUCCGUGUGUGAUUUGAUGGCUACAUUAAGCAGCAUAAUACAAGCAGAGAUGAAGCCAGUGUAAUCCAUUCUGAUCGUUUUUGUUGGAGUGUGGCUUUAUGGGGGAUUAGAGAACAGCCAGGAGUAAAAAUGGCAGCGAUAACUAUAGUUCUAAGUAACCGUGUGCCAGAUUAAAGACAGUUUGGCCCAGAGUUUAGGCCCUGAGCCCCACCUGCUUGUCAGCAGCCAUGGUACAAAACACACUAAAGGUCCUGCAACGCAAAAUUAGACUGAACAAAACAAACACAGAGCUCCUUCCCUUCUAGCAUCGGGCUCUUCUAUGUCCUUCCGUCUUCUCACCUCGUCCACUUCUUCGCUCUGGAUCACUUUGUUUUAACCGCGUUUGGUCCCAGACACUGGAGUAAGGUUGAGGGUUAGGGCCGAGGGCAGGAGAAGAACCUACAGUGUCCGUUUGUGGUAGAUCGAAACCUGAGAAAUUUCAAACAAUUUUGGCAAUGACUGUAGUUCAUAUAUUUACUGUAAAUCAUUUCCUUUUUUCUUGAUUUUUUUACAAUUAACCAAUAUAAAUGAAUAUGUAUGUAUGAAUAAAUAUAUACCUAUAUUAUUAA